AUGGGUGGGGAGGAGUCUACAACAUUCGCUGGGGAGGAGAAGACCUUCCCUGUCUCCUCCCCAGAGGAGACAGCUGGGGCCGGCAUCCGCAGCAGUAGCAGCAACAAUGUUAGCAGUAACAGACGCAGCGUUAGCGGCAACAGAUUUUGCAGAUCUCCUCUAUCCUUCUCAGAGUUGUUGUCUCGCAGAAACUUCAGUGCCGCGGCGUCUCUUUUGCAACGCAAGGGGGCCCACGGUGCCCCUAAUUUCUCCUUGCCUAAGGCUGAUCUAUGGCUAGCCUAUUGCUAUUACCACUCUGGAGCGUAUGAGAAGGCCCUGCAAAUCUACGAACAACUCUUUAGGGCUUCAUGUGGGGGCCCCUCUCACGUUGCAAGACAACCAUGGGGGCCUAUGGGGACGGACAGUGGGCCCCCACUGGAGGAGUCAUCAGCGAGCAGCAGGGGCCCUCCUGAGACUCCUUCAAUAUCUCAUUGCCUCUCAAAUGAUGCAACAUCGGCAGAGUCAACUCUGAAAGAAAUGACGGGGGAGGAGAUAGAGGAGUUGCCGUUGUUGAUGGCCCUUUGUCAUUUCCGGCUAGGUCAACCCGAGAAGGGGCUGAAGGAAAUUAAAAAAGCCCCACCAUCGCCCAGGAAACGCCGCCUGUUGCUUUUUCUACGCAUGCAACAACAGCAGGAACAGCAGAAGCGACCCCAGCAGCAGCAUCGGGAGGACGCGUGGCUCAACAUAGAUAAGGAGAUUCAAGCUCUAGGAGGAGGCAGCACCGAAGAUAUAUUAUGCGCUGCCGCAGCACAUUUCCUUCGUCGCCGUUAUGAAAAGGCGGCAGAGCUGUACGAGAAUUUGUUGUCUGUACAUCCCGAGGCUUUUGCUGUAAAGGUCUACUGGGCUGUCUGCUGCUACAAGAUGGGGGAAAUAGAGAAAGCCCAAACCCUUGUGGAGGGGUCCUCUAGAGGCCCUGCAAACGAUGGGGCCCAGUGCUAG